AUGAGCGGACAGUCGCCCACGGGAAGCGGGAUCUCCGCCGAUCGCUGGUUGUCCAAGGCGUUCGGUGAGGCGAGCGUUCGCGUCGAUCGACCGCGUUCAGCGGCGGGUGGGGAUCGAGAGCGAGACGAGGAGGAUGAUUACUCGUCGCGGUUCGAACAGCGUGCGCGGGAGCUGUCGCGCGAGUCCGGCGAAAAGCCGGCGUACUGGGCGCACGGACGCGUGGACUCGAGCUACGAUGGAGGCGGCGCGCAGCCGUUCUUCAACAAGGCAAACGAGCGCCUUUACGAGGCGUAUUCGCAGUUGCACACGAUGGCGCAAGAGUUCGAUAAGCCGUUCGACUCGCCGGCGAUUCUCGUUGUCGGUCACCAGACGGACGGGAAGUCGGCCCUCGUUGAGGCGCUCAUGGGGUUCCAGUUCAACCACGUCGGCGGAGGUACGAAGACGAGGCGACCGAUCGCGAUUAACAUGAAGUACAACCCCACGGCUGUGGAGCCGAGGUGCUUUUUGAUCAAGGACGACAACCUUGGUCGCGAAGAGGAGCUUUCUCUACCGGAGCUUCAGGCGCACAUCGAGGGCGAAAACAGGCGCUUGGAGCACGAAAACGGCUUCUGGGCAAAGGACAUCGUGGUCAAGAUCGAGUAUAAGUACUGCCCGAACCUCACCAUCAUCGACACUCCUGGUUUAAUUUCUGCUGCUCCGGGAAGAAAGUUUGCGUCUCUGCAGCAAUCGUCGCGCCUGGUGGAGGAUUUGGUGAGAAGCAAGAUGAGUCAGCGAGACUACAUCAUUCUGUGUCUGGAAGACAACUCAGACUGGUCCAACGCGACGACGCGGCGCCUGGUGCUUGAAGCGGAUCCGGAUCUUCGACGUACGGUGAUGGUUAGCACGAAAUUCGACACUCGUAUCCCGCAAUUCUCUCGCGCGGAGGACGUCGAGAUGUUCAUGCACCCACCCACGCGUCUCCUCGCGGGAACUGUCUUAGGUGGCGGUCCGUUCUUCACCUCCGUGCCCUCCGGCAGAGUCGGUCUUCACAGAGAUUCUCAGUACCGCUCGAACGAACACUAUCGUGAGGCGGUGCUUGGACGAGAGCAAAAGGACAUUGUUGACCUGGAGCGCCGUAUGGAUCGUCAACUAGGCUCACAAGAACGGAGCCGAGUCGGCGUGAGCCAACUUCGAUUCUUCCUCGAGCGUUUGUUGCAGCAGCGUUACCUGGAGAACGUUCCGACGAUUGUUCCGGUGCUUGAACGAGAACACAGAAUUGCGACGAGCAAGUUAUCCGAGACCGUUCAAGAGCUCAAAGACCUGAACAAAGAACAUCUCAGAGAAAAGGGCCGAGCGUUCUACCAGCACUUCCUUGAAAAGAUCCCAGAAAUCGUUCGUGGUACGCUCGCCGCGCCGACGCGCAUCUUUGGCGAGACGCUUUCGCACGAACACAUUCGAGGUGGUGCAUUCGUGAACGCUGAUGGGCGUCCGUGUAUGCCGAUGCAAACGGUUCCCAACGCAGAGAUGCGUCUCUUUGGUGGCGCGCAAUACCACCGUGCGCUCGAAGAGUUCCGACUCAUAGUGAACUCAGUGGAAUGCCCGCCAGUCAGCCGAGAAGACAUCGUGAACUCGUGCGGCGUCGAUGAAAUUCACAAUGGCGUCAACUACACGCGCACUGCGUGCGUCAUCGCCAUCGCUCGUGCUCGCGAGACGUUUGAGCCGUUUGUUCACCAGCUCGGGUUCCGUCUUUCCCACAUCGCACGAAGAUUGCUGCCUGUGGCCAUGUACCUCUUGCAAAAGGAGGGUCGCAUCUUAAACGGCCACGAAGCUUUCUUGAAGAAAAUUGGCUCCACCUUCGGUCGAUUCGUAGACGAGCGCGUGAAGGAUUGCCAAGAAAAGUGCCACGCUGACUUGAAGUCAACCACACAGUUCGUCACGUGGUCGCUUCACUCCGGGAACAAAGAGGGCUUGAGAAGCGUCCUUUCUCCGCACGAGAACGAUCAUCAUGAUUCUAGAGAAGAAAAGCGACGCAGUGGUGGCGAGCUUGUCCCAACGGAGAAGAGUCUCAAGGCGUGCAAGCUCACAGACUUGGUUGAGAACACAUUGUGGAAUAGAACAAUGAAGUCGGUCACGGUUGACAUUGUUGACAUGCUUGUUCGCCAAAUCUUCCACGGCAUCCGCGCACAUAUCGUGCAGGCUGUCGAACUGAAGUUCAACUGCUUCUUCUUAAUGCCACUGAUCAAUGACUUCAACUCGUUCUUGCGUAACGAAAUGGAGGACGCUUUCGAUAUCAGCCUCGACUCUGUCUUCGAUGUCAAGAGUGUGCGAGUUGCCCUCGAGCAGCGCCGACACAAGCUCGAGAGCGAGCUGGAGCAAAUGGAGCGUAUUCAAUCUAAGUUUGCGUCGAUUCACUCUCAGCUCGAGAGUUCAAACGCGACUGCGCCGGCCACCACGGCCGCUGCAACGGCGGCUGUUACGGGCACUACCUUCCACAGCGCCGCGGCUCGUGAAAUUGCCGCGGCGGAUGAAAUCCUUCGAGCGAGCCAUGACCUGAGCGAGGGUAUUGCCGAAGCCAAGGCGCAAUUCGCGCACCAAAACCAGUCCCCGCGAACGAUGCGAGGAUCCAAGGCGUACGAAACGUCGCCGGGCCGAUCCGCAGUGGGUAGGAGCCGCGACCGAGCACCUUUGUCGCCGAUGGGGUGGAACAUGUGA